AUGGACUUGAAAAUCACGCGAACCUGCCUGGUGGGAAGCAUGAAUCGCAUUGAGGACUACAUUGACAAGCUCACCGUCGAGGAAAAGGAAUUUCUGGGCUUCAAAGGAAAUAUGGAGACUCAGGCGAAGAUGGUGAAGUCAAUCAGGGAAAGGUUCACGGCUAUUCAAACUUCCAUCAUCGAGAACCAAACUGAGGAGACCAGCCGUCAGGAUGAGAAGAAGUAUGCUCAUUCCUUUUAUGCGAGGUGUGAUCAUCUUAUGGCAGCGAUUCAGAGCAUCAUCUGUGAACUCCCUGGCAGUGUAACAGAUGAGGACGACUCCAAGACAUCUCUUCCUGCCGAUAUGAUGCGGUUCAUGACGUCAUUUUUGAAUCAAUCAGAGCUACGUCAUCAGCAGCAAAUGGAUCUUCUGCUCAACACUCUAACAGGCGCAGCAAGUAUUAAUAAUCAAAAUAAUGUUCAAUUGAAUGCUCCUGCCCCUGUUAGUAAACUACCGCAAAAAAACCUCCCCACUUUUGAUGGCAAGUUCUCGUCAUGGUUUUCAUUCAAAGACCGUUUUACGUCUUCAGUAAUAAAUUUUCCUGGUAUUUCUGAUGUCCAGCGAUUAGAUUAUUUGACUUCCGCGGUCUCAGGGGCUGCCGCAUCCGCGAUUAAGAACAUUGCAAUAACAGAUGCUAACUUCCAAGUCGCUUGGAACAUUUUGAUCGAUAAGUUUGAGCGUAAAAAUGAUAUUAUUACUGACCAUAUCAAAACCUUCUUCUCCAUGCCACGUGUCACUCCUAGUCAUCCCGAAGCCAUUCAUGAGAUUACAAAUAUAUUUUCUGAGCAUACAAUGGCAUUGGAUGCCAUUAAUGUGACACAAAGAGAUCCAUGGCUUAUCGAAUUUGCACUCGGGCGCUUAGAUUCUGAAUCUCGAGUUCUUUGGGGAAGGCAAAUAGGAAAUGAUGUGCCUACAUUAGAUCAAUUUUCCAAAUUUCUUAAUCAAAGAUGUGUCGAUCACCGAAAUUCCAAUCCAGACCCUGUCAAGACCAAUCAAACCUCCACAACUAAUCCACGCCAAUCAUUUAACAAGUCCUCAAAUUCUCGCAAAUCCGCCAAUGCUCUUGCCACUGCUGCGACUCCAUCCAAUUCCUCUAAUUGCCGAUUUUGCCAAGAAUCGCCACACGGCUUAUUUAAGUGUGCGAAAUUCUUGUGCCUGCCCGCGGAGGAGAAGUUCCAGGCUGUUAAACGGCUCAGUCUCUGUCGCAAUUGCUUCGCCACCCACAUGACCCACACAUGCACCUACCAUAAAUGCCAAAAGUGUCAUGGGCGGCACAAUACCUUGCUCCACGAUCACUAUGCUUCUGCCACUCAGGAUUCCUCUGGUACUUCUACGUCCAAAUCUGGGUCCCUUCCUGCUGCUAAGAAUAAACCCUCGUCCGGUCCUGCCUCGGAUGAUUCUGGUUCCCCCAAUGUUUUGGCCGUCAGUACAUCAUUUGAGAAUCAACUCUCUGAUUCUCCUCCAAAGAUUUUCCUUGCUACUGCGCUUGUGAAUGUACUUACUUCCAAUGGAGGAACUGUCCCAUGCCGUCUAGUCCUAGACGGAGCAGCCCAAGUGAACGUGAUGACGACAGAGUUAUAUUCCCGACUCAAUCUGCCUAAAUUCCCUGCCAAUCUCAACAUUUCGGGAAUAAAUGAGAACCGUUCAAAGGCCAAGUUCUACGUACAGGCAACUAUUCUCUCAAGAAUGUCUGAUACGUCCUUCUCAUUUAAGUGCUUUGUCCUGCCCAGAAUUGCUGGAAAUAUUCCGAACUGGGAUGUUGAUACUUCCGCUAUUGAAAUGCCUCAGCAUGUUCAGCUUGCCGAUCCCUCAUGGUCAGUACAACACCCAGUUGACCUUUUGUUAUGUGGAAACCCAUACUGGGCCAGCUGGCUAAAUGACUCGAUCUCAUUGGGUACGGGACUCCCAUUGCUUAAAGAAACGGUGUUUGGGUACGUCGUUCUUGGGGAGCACGAGCCAGUGCCUCCCCCUGAGGAGCAUGACAGCGUUUGCCUAUCCACUACAGCUCUCAAUGAGACACUACGUCGUUUUUGGGAGAUUGAGAGUCUGCCCGCUGAUGAAGAUAUCACUGAUGACCAACUUGCUGCAGAGCACCAUUUUCAAACUACCCACACUCGCAAUUCGGAAGGUCGUUUCGUAGUACAAUUACCGUUCCGUGAAAAUCCAAAUGCUUUAGGUGAUUCACGUUCAUUAGCGAUCCGACAACUCUUGGCACUUGAAAGAAGAUUUGAAAAGAAUCCCGAGCUUCGCACCCUAUAUGGAGAGGUCAUGAAUGAACAGCUCAAAAAUGGCUGGGUUGAGCCUGUUCCUGCUGGGUCUCACCCCUCUUCCACUUAUUAUAUGCCUCACCAAGGAGUGCUGAAGAACUCAACAACUACGAAGCUCCGCAUUGUUUUUAAUGCGAGUGCGAAGACAUCAAAUGGCGUGUGUCUUAAUAAUUUAUUGCGGGUGGGCCCCGCAGUUCAGCCAACUUUGGCGGAAAUCUUGUUGCGUUUUCGACGCCAUCAGUUUGCUCUCACUGCAGAUAUUAGUAGGAUGUAUUUGCAAGUGAUUUUGGACCCAUCUCAUACGGAUUUCCAACGUUUUGUUUGGCGUCCCGAUAAGUCUCAGCGCAUACAGGAGUUCAGAGUCACUCGUGUCUGUUUUGGGGUGGCCUCUAGUCCGUUCUUGGCUACUAGAGCAUUGCUGCAAUUGGCCAUGGAUAAUCAACAGUCACAUCCUCUUGCUUCUCAAGCUCUUCGAACUUCCUUUUAUGUUGAUGACUGUCUUCUAUCCAUAAAUACUCUUGAAGAAGGCAUCACCACACAGUUACAACUUCUUGAAGUACUGCAAGGUGCAGGGUUUAAUCUUGCAAAAUGGACCAGCAAUCACCCCCAAUUGACGCCAUCUUGUGCCACAGAUGUCCGAGGUGAUGUUAGCAUCGGGGAGAGCCUGUCUAGUGCUCUUGGUCUUCGGUGGGAUCCCCACUCAGAUUGCUUCAAAUUUAUUUGUCCGAUUCCUCUUUCGGAAGAGUGCAAGACAAAAAGGCAAAUGACAGCGGCCAUUGCUCGAUUAUUCGAUCCUAUUGGUCUUGUGGGUCCAAUUAUCUCAGAAGCCAAAAUCCUACUUCAAGAAGUACAUCGUAAAACCAAAGGUUGGGAUGACGAAUUUCCAGAAGAACUCUCUAAACCUUGGAGAGAUUAUGUGAGUGAACUGCAGCAUAUUGCUGAGAUUACAGUUCCCAGGUGGAUCUCUUCUAUUUCCAAUCCCUGCAGAAUUGAAUUACACCUUUUUUGCGACGCUAGCUUAAAGGCAUAUGGAGCAGUGGCAUACCUCAUCACUGAAGAUUCUAAGGGCAAUCGAUGUUCCAGAUUAUUAUCCUCUAAGUCUCGAGUAGCCCCAUUGAAGCCACCUCUGACCAUUCCUCGUCUUGAGCUGUGUGGAGCCCAUUUAGCCGGGGAGCUAGCCUGUAAAUUGCGUAGCAUUUACUCCCCUGCAGCCACGUACUUUUGGUGUGAUUCCAUGGUGGUCUUGCACUGGCUGCACAACACCACCGAGAAUUACAAAAUCUUCGUUGGCAAGCGUGUGAAAGAGAUCUUGGAGAUGUCAAGCAUAUCUCAGUGGCGUCACGUGCCCACAAAAGUAAAUCCAGCAGAUCUUAUAUCACGUGGUGCAACUCCAAGGCAAUUGGCAGACUCCGCUUUAUGGUGGGAUGGGCCAACAUGGCUCACAGAAUCUCAGGAUUCUUGGCCACCGAAAUUUAACAAGAACUUGUACAGCUUCACAGACAAUACAGUUCUCAUAACGAACGCACCACAACGAGAUGAACGGUCUUCCGUUCUCUCUAUGUUCUUGGAUCGUUAUUCUUCAUUGCACAAACUCAAAUGCAUCAUAGUGCAAUGGCUUCGCAUCAUCAAACGGUCUGUACCUGAAGGAACUCGACACUUUGGUCCAAUAUCUCCAGAGGAAUUGGAAAAGGGACUUAAGGUUCUCAUUCGCAUGGAUCAAGGAGAGAAUUUUCCGGGUUUAGCUCAACUUCUAGAAGCCCGGAAAGACAUUCGGCGAUCAAAAUGGAAGAAUUUAUCUUCUCUCACUCUCUUUGUCGAUUAUGAUGGUCUCAUUCGCGUUGGUGGUAGAUUAGAACGAUCUGAUGAACCCUUUCAAGCUAAACACCCAAUACUUCUUCCGAAGUCUCGUUUGACGGAUCGUAUUAUUGAAAAGGAGCAUCAGAUUCAGCUUCACGCAGGACCCUCACUUCUUCUGGCCACAGUUCGUCAACGGUAUUGGCCAGUUGGUGGUCGAAAUGCAGCAAGAAAAAUUGUGCAUCGAUGCGUUAGAUGCACACGUGCAAACCCCAUGCCCCUUACUCAGCUAAUGGGACAAUUACCACCUUUUCGAGUGAAGUUAUUUAGGCCUUUUCAAUGUACUGGAGUAGACUAUGCUGGCCCAUUGAAGUACCGCCCCGCUGUAACCCGGGGAGUAGCCCAAAGAAAUGCUGGUGUGUACGUGGGCUACAUUGCAGUCUUUGUCUGCAUGGCCAGUAAGGCUAUUCAUUUAGAAUUUGUGACUAGCCUCUCCGCUGAAGCUUUUUUAGCAGCGUUUCGACGUUUCGCCGCUAGAAGGGGCACUCCUCGUCACAUGUUCUCUGAUCAUGGGAAGAAUUUUGAAGGAGCGGUUCGUGAAAUCACACGGCUGUAUCAGCAAGAAAACUUCCAGCAAUCAGUCCAAGAGGCAACGGCAGAACAGGGUAUAAUAUGGCAUUUUAACCCUCCGAGGGCUCCUCAUCAUGGGGGUUUAUGGGAAGCAUGCGUGAAGGGAGUGAAACAUCAUCUCAAUCGUGUGUCCAUGCAUGCUACCCUUUCUUACGAAGAAAUGUGCACUACUUUGUGCCAGAUCGAAGCGGUACUAAAUAGUCGGCCCAUAUGCUUGCUGUCUACUGACCCAAAUGAACAAUCUUAUUUAACGCCGGGUCAUUUCCUGACCGGAACCGCAGGGAACGCACCGCCUGAUCCUGAUAUGUCUCAGGUGCCCAUCAAUCGCUUAUCAUGUUGGCAACUUUGCCAAGAACGGGCCCAGGCAUUCGGAAGAAAGUUCAGAUUGCUGUACUUGAACACUCUUCAGCAGAGGACGAAGUGGCGAAGCAAUGAGCCUAACAUCAACCCUGAAGAAGUGGUUCUAAUUUUGGAUGAAACUCAGAGUGGAGAAAGGAAAUGGGUCUUGGGUCAAGUUGAGUCAGUGACACUGGGCGAGGAUGGACUUGCGCGCGUUCUUUCAGUGCGUACAUCAAAAGGAAGAUAUUCUAGAAGCAUCACUAAAGUGGCGAGAAUUUUCAAAGAGGAUCCUGAUCUUCUGUACUCCAACCAAUCUAUGGAUCAGUUGGAGCACACCGGGGAGCAUGUUACGGCGCAAUCUUAA